GGAGGAGCGAAAAGCCGCUCAAAAAAAUCUCCUUGACAUAGUUAAGGAAAUAACAAAAGACGGAAGUGAGGUUGUCUUUGAAGAUAAAAUUAAUGAAUUGAAAAAACGAUGUGAGGAAUACGAAAACAAGGCCAAGGCAGACGGUCAAAAAAGCGAAAAGUAUAAUGCCUACAUAAAUAGACUUUUAGAUAGAGCAAUUUUGGAACAUGAAAAUAAGGAAUUAAAAGAAAUUUUAGCCGCAGCGGAAAAAAAACACCCUGACCUGAAAAGCCACCGCCGCACGAGCAGCGGAAUUUCUCUUUCUUCGGGUUUCAGCACCCCAUUUUUCGUUGAUAGUAGACCAGGCACCCCACUAGCCAGCCCAGAGGGCAGUCCAAUUGAAAAAGAUCCGACGCUGAAAAUGAUGGAUGACGAACUGCAAAAAUUGAGAAAAGAACAUGAGGAGGAGACGGCAAAAUUACAAGCGGAACACGAAAAAGCAGUAGAGGAGUUAAAACGGCAAUUAGCCGCUAAAAACAAACCUCAACCAGAGGAAGGAGAAAAAUGUAAUAUUUUAAGUCAUACGUUAUUAGAAAAUCGCAUUAAGGACUUAAAAAAGGAAAUAGAAAAAAAAGAAGAACUAAUCGAUAAAUUGUUAGCACGAGAUAUUGAUAAAGGAUGA